CACCAUUUUCGAAUUUGGCGGCAUCAAAAGAAGGAAGACAACGAGGAUGGCGCACAAGGUGGUUGAAGUGAACGCGGUUGAUGCGUGCUUGGGGGCUGCUGAGGCAGCCACGAAGGACGGCAAGCUUGCAGUGGUCCUGUGCACGGGCGACGACGACGAGUCCGGCUCCAGCUGGUGCCCAGACUGCGUUGCAGCCAAGCCCGUGGUGGACAAGGUGCUGAAGGAGCACGGCGGUGACCACGUGGUGCUGGUUGUGUGCAAGGUGGGCGACCGCACGACCUGGAAGGACCCCAACAACGCCUUCCGCACCCACGACAAGUUCCGCCUCAAGUCGAUCCCAACCCUCUUUGCGUGGGGCACGCCCAAGCGCCUUGUCGAGGCCGAGUGCAGCGACGAGGGCAAGGUUGAGCUUCUCUUCGAGGACUAAGCAGUCCACGCACAUACACCGGAAUUGCGAGACAGAAGGAGGGGGAGGAGGGAGGAGGAGGUGCGGACCCCUACUGUGUUUGUGUGGGUGUUGUGGUUCUGGGCUCAUCUGCUCCACGUUGGGUGAUUGACGCUUGAUUCGUCGAGACGUGGCUUCAUACCGCUUCGUGUGCAACGUGGAUGGGUGCUUAUUUUCGUGUCGUGUGAGCACUCCAAGUAAACACACACAAACAGAUA